CCCAUCCUGUGCCGAGAAUAACGCUAAAAGUUCUGAGGUACAGAAGGUACUGUACACGGCAAGUGAGUUGAGAACGACUGCGUAGGGACGAGUUCGCGCGUACGGAGUAUUGGAUGUCAGCAAGUGUCGUCAUAGUAGCCCACCGAAGUUUCGCGUUCGACCUGCAGUGGGAGGGCGAGAAAGCGGCGAUCGACGUGUAAUACAAGAGAUGAAUGUUAACGUUACAUAGAGCGGGAACCGGGAAGCCAGCGUCAUGACCUAUGGCAUGCAGUCCCCCUAUGACAAGUGCAUUUAUUUAUGUAUUGUACAGCGUACAGCCGCUUACAACAGCGAGCAGAGACGACAUGCUGGCGCCGAGCUGUGAGGCACUGGGAAGGCUGUGUCAUUGUCCCGAACUUGGAAAAUUUGGUGUUCUAGAUCUCAGCGGACCGUCUCAGCGUUGCAAGCAAACUCGACCUUUGAUUGGGAAAUCAAGCAUGCCGGUUGGUCCCUUGUUGGUCUUGAUCGGUUUCGGGGUCCCACCCACACCACCUUCCCGCCACCCCAGGAGUCGGAAAGUCGAUCUCUCGGACCACCUUCCCCGAAGCUUGUCCACCGAGGCGGAUGAAGUACGGUGAUACCAUACAUGUGUAUAGGACUGCGUACUGAUUCGGCCAGUUUACGAAAAUAAUCGUAGG